CAGUUUUCUUGGCACGGCGCUGGAUCAGCUGGGCGAAUACGCGACUGUGCUACGCCUUUCAGUCUUCAGGGGAAAACCUGUGGAUUGCGGUCUGCUCUGAAAACUCUGAAGCAACUAGCAACUAGUUGCUACUAAGUUUCCUCCAUUUUAGUUCGUUUUUUAACAUUUUCCGUGCGUAAAAAGUCUGGAUAAGUCGCGCAACAGGAUUUAAAAAAAAAGUCAAUUCGUGUUAGGCUUUUUUUUCUUGCUUAAAACUUGGAGUUAAAUCACUUGUGGAGUGACAGACAACCGGGUGUGCGGACUGAAGCUGCGUGACCGUGGACUGACGAGCCUCCACUCACACCUCAUUCACUCACCCACUCGCGCAUUUUCACUGCGUAUCUGCUGGGAAACGUUUUCCCUUCUCAACACAUGAACUGCUGCGAGCAAAAACCCUGACAAGAAGAAGAAGAAGAAGAAGUGUGAGAGCAAACAUGGGCUGCACCAUCAGCGCCGAGGACAAGGCUGCAGUGGAGAGGAGUAAAAUGAUUGACAAGAACCUGCGGGAGGACAGAGAUAAAACCUCCAGAGAAGUCAAGCUGCUUCUGCUCGGAGCUGGGGAAUCUGGGAAAAGCACAAUCGUAAAGCAGAUGAAAAUCAUUCAUGAGGACGGCUACUCAGAAGAGGAGUGCAAGCAGUACAAAGUGGUGGUGUACAGUAACACCAUCCAGUCCAUCAUGGCCAUCAUCAGGGCGAUGGGCCGGUUAAAGAUAGAUUUUGGAGAAGCCACACGGGGGGACGAUGCCCGUCAACUGUUUGCCCUGGCGAGCUCAGCGGAGGAAGGAGUGAUGUCAGCAGAGCUGACCGGAGUAAUUCGGAGGCUGUGGACAGACAGUGGCGUUCAGGCGUGCUUCGAUCGCUCCCGAGAGUAUCAGCUCAACGAUUCCGCUGCAUACUACCUGAAUGACUUGGACAGAAUCUCUGAGCCGGGCUACGUCCCUACUCAGCAGGACGUGUUGCGCACUCGUGUGAAGACCACUGGCAUCGUGGAAACUCACUUCACCUUCAAAGAUCUCUACUUCAAGAUGUUUGAUGUUGGAGGUCAGCGCUCGGAGAGGAAGAAGUGGAUCCAUUGUUUUGAGGGAGUCACUUCAAUCAUUUUCUGUGUAGCGCUCAGCGACUACGACCUCGUCUUGGCUGAGGAUGAGGAAAUGAACCGGAUGCACGAGAGCAUGAAGCUUUUUGACUCCAUCUGCAACAACAAGUGGUUCACACGCACCUCCAUCAUCCUCUUCCUCAACAAGAAGGACUUGUUUGAAGAGAAGAUCGGCAGGAGCCCGCUCACGAUCUGCUACCCCGAGUACUCUGGUGGGCAGUCGUAUGACGAUACAGCAUCUUAUAUCCAGUGCCAGUUUGAAGACCUAAAUAAACGAAAGGACACAAAGGAGAUCUACACACACUUCACUUGUGCCACAGACACCAAGAAUGUGCAGUUUGUGUUUGACGCAGUGACUGACGUCAUCAUCAAGAUUAACCUGAGGGAGAUUGGGCUCUACUGAGGCUUCAGCCCCUGCAGGUGUCAGGAGAACUGUCGGCACGUCGGGGGUUUCUGGUUUGUCCUGAUUGCAGGGAGCGAAUAGGAAAGUAGGUGUUACUACAGACAGAGUUGAUGGUCAUGCAGCCCACGCUGACGUAAUUUCAACCAUAUAGGGACAUGCUACUGUGAUCACUUUUGACUUAAUAUAUUUUACAACGCAGAGCAUACGACGAGGACUUGAUAAGUCACGGAGGAUUGUGAAAUGAAUCUCUGAAGGGCUGGCAGGUAAAGCCCCACUGAUGCAUUUCUAUAUUAUUGUGUCUGUCGUCAGUACAUGGACCAAGAGAGACUGUGUGUUUAUCAAACGUCUUUCAUAGCUGAUAUGAAAUUUUCAAUUGACUUGUUUGUGUUUCAUCUUCUCUUAGCUCUAAUUUGUUUCACCUGGCUAAUAUUGAACAGUAAUGUUUGAUAAAGUUUUUUAUUAUUAUUAUUUUUAGCUGCAAUCAUAGUGUUUUUCACUUUUUAAUGUGUGAAUGCCAUAACUUGAAGAGUUUUUUUUGAGCAGUUUUCAUGUAUUUAACAUAUCAUUUUGGGUCUGGGUGUAGUUAGCGAGAGGCUAAUGAACUCAGUAGCAGCAUUGCUGUCUGCUUAGGUAAUUUAAUUUGUAAUUAAACCACUUGCUGUUUGA